CACUUGCAACUCCACAAACCAACCAACAAACCAACAGGCCAAUUACUCCACAACCCCCAGCAAAAAUGGCCGACACAGCAAUGGACGUAGACGUCGAGGUCGCCGAUGCGCCCGUCACCGAUACCGCCGCUGCCUCCUCCGAGGAGCCAAAGAACGCAUCCAUGCAGACGCUCACCAACGCCACGGCCGUGCGCUCCAUCGAGGGCUGGAUCAUCAUCGUGUCGAAUGUGCAUGAGGAGGCCAACGAGGAGGAUAUCACGGACAAGUUUGCCGAUUUUGGAGAGAUCAAGAAUCUGCACCUGAAUUUGGACCGGAGGACGGGUUAUGUCAAGGGAUACGCACUGAUUGAGUACCCAACACUCGAUGAGGCGCGCGCAGCAGUUAAUGGCGCGAACGGCACGAAACUCCUGGAUCAAACCGUGACAGUCGAUUUCGUCUUUGUGCGGCCGCCACCGAAGAAGGGUGGGAGAGCUCCGGCUGCAAAGGGGAGGGCGAGGUCACGAUCGAGGAGCCCGGAGAGGAACCGCGAGGAGGAGAUGGCGGAAUGAAGGUCUUGAGCGGCGCGUGGAAGUUCAACCCAACUGGCAAGGCUUGGAGCCCCGGUUUGGUGGCUGGGAAUUUAUCGUGGGGGCCUAAGUCGGGUCUCACGGUAUUCCAAUGUGGGGAAAAGUUACUAUAGAGCCGAUGUGUCUGUACUGGGGACAUGUCGGCGUACAGAGCAGCUGAAUAAUGAAUCAAAAUGUACACAGCACAACGAUGUGCCACAACUUUUUCCAAGGUUGUGCCAGAUAUGAAAAUCUUGUUGUAAUACCUGUCCCAUAGUUGAUAGCAUUUCCAAUGAGAGUGGAGGAAGCGUGGUUAGAAUAGCCUGGGGUCCGCUUCAGAACUGUCCAACAAAAAUGAAACGGUUGCACAACACUGCCGCCCCGCGAAAUGGAUUGGUUCACAUUGAAUGGUACAUGGAUCAAAGCCAAGGAUAUCAUGGCUUCUGGUAUUGUAUGCUAAAAAAACUCGAAAGUCUAAACCCUUUAUAGAUAUAAAACGCCUUAUAAUAUGCCGCCA